GAGAAGAGAGCUUGGAGAGCCAUGUACUGCACGGGCCUCACCGUAUUGACUGCCUUUGUCUGCAUUUGUCAGCUGGCGGCAUCGCUGAAUGCCAAGGCGCAUUUUACUUUGUAGAAGUCGUGGACGUACACGCUUCAGGAGACGAGCUGUCGGAGCAGCGACGAGAGCAUCGUUAAGGCCGAAACGCGCAUCGAGCGCAUGGGCCGUGGCGAGUUCGGCCUGAGUGGGUCCCUGACCCUUGCCGUGCAGCUGCCCGAAGACAUGGAGGUGGAAGUGCUCGCCUAUCGCAGCACAGACGGCGGCGCCAAUUACAAGCUGCAGCCGUAUUCGCUGCCGCGCCAGAGCAUCUAUGCGGCCAUCAACAGCUUCUACAAGGACAUGAUCAUGGAGAGUGCCGCCAAUUGCUCAAACUUCCCCCAGUUCGAGGACAAGCUGACGGUGCUCGAGCCACAGAAAUUCACAUACGAAAAGUGCCAGGUGAGCACCGAUGCGUUUCCCCAAUACGUGCCCGAUGGCUUCUACAAGCUCAACUUUGUCACCUAUGGCCUGGUCGAAGUCGUCUGGGAACUAAUCAUAACCAUCGAAAAGAAAACCUUCUAGACACGCGAGACCCGAGAAGACCCAUUUACAGAACGAAAUGCUUCAAUUCAAUUUAAAUA